AUGAGCCAACCUCCAAUAAACCGCGGACAUGGACGAAACAUAUCAGUGACGAGGCCGGUUCGUCCACGGUCCUCGACUAAGGGUCCGCUCGACUUGGAUGACACCCCUCUGAAUGAUCCAUUGUCGCCAAAAGCGGCCGCCACAGAAGACACGACGCAGCCGCGCCCGAUAUCAGGACAACGCUCGCCAGCGCUGCCUCACUCUCCCGCAGCACCGCCCGUAAAGACAACCGUCACCAAGGACUUUGGGUUCCUCCUGCGGCCCGAGAUCUACCAUACCAUCCAACCCGUCAACGUCCCGGUCGCAUUCAGGAACUCGUCCAAGCAGCCGCCAGCCGAUGCUCCGCUCGAAGACCUACUAGCAAAGGGCCACUUCCGCGCCGCCGCCAUCGCCGCGGUCCAGGAGCUGACAGCCACAGGCAGCCCCGACCGGCCUCGGGUCGCUCCGUCGGACCAUCAGAGGAUCUUUAGCCUGCUGUACACGCGGCUGGCGUGCUUGACGCUCAUCGACGCAACGGCGGUAGCGGCGCAGGAGGUAAGGGCGCUGGAAGAUUUGAAUGCAGGCGUCUACAUUGAUGAGACGACGGGCGAGCACCUCGUCCCCUGGGAGCUGCGCGUGCUCAACGUCCGGCUACAGGCCCUCGGGUUCAGCGACCCGCGCAGGUCCGUCAUGAGCUACCACGACCUGGCGCGGGAGGCGCGCGAGCAGAUCAGCAAGGCGACGGCGCGGCACGAUAACUCGGCGAGGGAGCUCUGGAAGGCGCGGCUGCAGGAUCUGGGUGUUGCUGUCGCGGGCGCGCUGGUGGAAAUGGAUGAUCCCGCUGGCGCGGCGCAUCACUUGGCCGCGCUCAAGGACCGCGGGGACGGCAAGAUGGCGCUGUCGAGGGCUCUGCUUUGGCUUCACUUGGGGGAUGCGGACGCGGCGCGGCGGUGCAUCGUGCGAGGGGAGGGUUCUGGGGAGGAGGGCAAGCAUGCUGAGACGGUUGUGAGCGCGCUUUGUCAGAUGGCUGAUGGGGAGUACGAGGCGGCGCUUGCGACGUGGAGAGGGCUGAGGGAGGAAGUUGCGGACGAGAUGGUUGGUGUCAACAUGGCGGUGUGUCUUCUUUACACUGGCAAGUUGACAGAGGUGAGCAUACAUCAGGCACGAGCCAUUUUUGAGGACAUGGUUGGGUCCGGCUACUCAUCGCACACUCUGCUCUUCAACCUCAGCACAACCUAUGAACUCUGCACCGAGCGGAACCGGAACCUCAAGGUAAGGCUCGUUGACAAGGUGACCGAUCUAGAGGAGACUCCGAGGGGCUGGGAGAAGAAUAAUGCCGACUUUAAGCUGUAAAAUCACAACAAAAUAAAAAGUAUAGCUUCACGAUGAUCCUCCGAGGCAAGGAGCCUAUGGAGCACAGGAUGAGGAUUGUUCAUGUAUUACUGUGCAAGCCUCAUUCCCAUCCGUGUGGUCCCCCGAAAACGGACUUGUCCAAUUGGAGCCAUCCUAGCUGAUUGUACCCCUGUCCGCUCAAUGAAGCAAGUCUCCGCACUGACAUGCACAGUCGGGGACCGGACUUGCUUACAACGCUUACCAAGAUGCUUACCUACGAGACUUGCAUGCUUUUGCAGACUGACAAACCGCACAGUAAACACCAGACGAAGUGCAGGUCGGCCGCCGGAGGAAAGCCAAGACUUUUUGAGGCGGGGGGAUGAUGCGAAUACGGCUCUUAUUGUGUUCAAAUGUUCAGAUGGUGAGGUGAUGUUAAAAGAAUGGACUUCCCGCGGUUUCCGGCUGCUGGCGGUGAGUUUGAGAUUGGGACUCGUAAUGUUCUUAUUAGA